AUGGCGUGGACAUAUAAAGAGACGAGAGGAAGACUACCCGAUAAGGGAGAGGAUGAAUUCAGAUGGGACUACCAGAUAACGCUGUGCAUCUUAGUCGCAACGACUUGUGGGUAUCCCCAGUAUUCUCACCCUGUACCUUCCAACCCUCUCUUGAGUGGAGAAGCCGUAAAAUCUGCAGGAAAUGUCUCUCCAGCACCUACUGCACCCAGCACUGGCUACCUGACUCCCCAUGGGGGAUCCAAUUCACUGUCAAGUGGUCAAGGACCAGCCUCUCGACCUCAGGUUAGCCAUCCAGUGGUUAUACUGCCCAACGUUUUGGCUCAAGUCCAACAAGCAGCUCUAGAACACUCGGCUUCUAAGUCUCCAGCUCAAGCUCCUUCAGUUGUUCCGGCCCCUUCUCCAAGCUUUGCUCCAGCACCCAGUCAAUCUCCUGCCCCUACCUUUGAUCAGGUACACGUUCCUGCUCAAGCAGCUGCCCCUGGUCCAAGCUUCGCUCCAGCACCCAGUCAAUCACCUGCCCCUACAUUUGAUCAGGUACACGUUCCCACUCAAGCUGCCCCUGCCCCAAUACCCAUUGUUUUUAAUUCUCUAAAUGCAGCCCCAGCUCCAUCCCCAGUUUUAUUUGCAGCCCCUGCUCCUGCAGUAACACAUGCUCACAUUCCAGGUCCAGCCCUUCUUCAUGCUCCAAUUCACACUGCUGGCCCCGCAUUCAAUACUGUCCCAAGUCAUCCUCACGGCUUGACACAAUUGCAUGUCAUACCAACCCAUUCUGCUGCUCCAUUCCACACCAUUCCCACUCAUUCAGGUGUCCAGUUCCACACAAUUCCACAUCAUCCAGUCCAUCACAUAGCUAAUGUGCCUACCACAUUACAGGUCAUUUCACCACAGCAGCACUUCCCCGUUCAGGUUUCAAGUGGUGUUGCACCCGUUUUGCUGAAUCAGGGUGGUCUCCACGGUCUUAAUACACAUGUAGCUGGUUCUCCUGCUCUUUUAAUAAUUGCCAAUGACCAAGGGGCCACCGACUUGCAAGGUGGGUCUGCAGCUUUAUCUGAUAGUCAGGGCUCUUCUGGAGCGGCUGCAGCAUCAGCAGCUGGGGGAAGUAGCUCUCAGGGUGGUUUUGAAGGAUUUCCCAUUGAUCAUGGUCCUUCCACGUCUGCAGGGGCAGGUGCCUCUGCACCAGGAGGCGGUGGUGUUGACUUUUCAGGAUCACUUGGUGCUCCUUCAUCACCUUCAUCUCUUUAUCAUACACCUGGCCAGUAG